AUGGAUGAAAUACCCUAUUCUCAUGCUUGGGCUGUUUUGAAGAAGAGGCAUUUUAAUCCUGAUCCAUAUUGUUCUGAUCUGUACAAACCAAAGACGUUGCUCACUACAUACAAGUAUCCAAUACCACCCUUACCAGAUAGAAGUGAGUGGAAUGUACCUUCUAACAUCGAUUAUGACAUAGUACGGCCACCAAAAUUCAAGAAACUUCCUAGUAGGCCACCAAAACAACUUCGUGAUAAAUUGUACAAAGAGUUAUUGGGGAAGAAGAGUCAGAAUUUAUGUAGUACAUGUGGUUAUAAGGGUCACAAUAGGAGGUCGUGUAGGAAUGGACCACGUGAGGCUUAG